CGACAUGCGUCGAGACGAUGACGUCACCCGGAAGUUAUUGACUAAAAAUAACUGCGGCAAGCCGAGCAUCUUUUCCGAAUCGGUAUUAAGAUAGCUCACCUGAAAUAAAAAAAUGAAAUUCACCGGAGGAGGACUCAUUGAUAACAUUAAGGGCCGCUUCGUGUGUUGACGAGCGCCGUGCCAUGCAGAGGAGACACAGUAGCAACACGGAUGGCAUGCCCUCAGAAAGGAGCCGUAGCCAAACUCUGGGAUCAGAGAGCAGUCUGGACGAGGGUGGCGUGUUCGACUGCCUUAAAGCCGACUCGCCCGCAUCGCCCCAGAUCUUUUCUGGCCUGGUGGGCGUCCCGUCCGCCGCCGUCUCUUCUGCCCAGUUCCAGGCGGCCAGUUUAGUGCUGGGCUCGCCGCCGGACGUCUUUGUCCAGAUGACGGCGUCGUCCCGGGAAGAAGGCGGCCCCCGUCGGCCCGAGGGCGGAGCCUUCCUCCCUCGCCCUCCCCAUCACCAUCACCACCCUCAGCCUCAGCACCAUUUCCACCACCCGCCGCUGCAGCACAGGACCUCCUCUCUUCUCCAGCAGGCCACGGCGGUGGCAGCGGCGGCGGGCUCAGAGAGGCACCACCACGGGCCCCGGGAAGAGGUGGGCCCAGAGGACCCGUCCACUCCUGCACCGGCCCUCUCCGAGCUGAAGGCGGUGGUCACGUGGCUCCAGCGGGGCUUCCCGUUCAUCCUCAUCUUGCUGGCCAAAGUCUGCUUCCAGCACAAGCUCGGUAUCGCGGUUUGCGUGGGGAUGGCCAGCACCUUUGCUUACGCCAACGCCACGUUCAAGCAUCAGGUGUCGCUGCGGGAGGAGCGCUCGUUGCUGGUGGCCCUCUGGAUCGGCCUGUUCCUCUCUGGCAACGUGGCAUAUAUUUACUACGCCUUCAGCCAAGAGGAGCUCUACAACAGCCUCAUGUUUUCCAAGCCCAAUCUGGAUGGUUUUGACUUCUUCGACCUCAUGUGGGCGGUGGGCGUCACCGACUUUGUCCUCAAGUUCGUCACCAUUGGACUGAAAUGCUUUGUCCUCUUUCUACCUGGCAUCCUCUUGGCUUUCAAGUCCAGGGGCAAGUUCUACCUGCUGAUCGAGGAGCUGAGUCAGCUGUUUCGAGCUCUGGUUCCCAUCCAGCUGUGGUACAAGUACAUCAUGGGAGACGAGCCCUCGGCCAGCUACUUCCUGGGGGCCACGCUCAUUAUCCUCUACAGCGUCUGCAAGUCGCUUGACAUCUGCGGCCGAGCGGCGGCCCUACGCAAGGCGCUGGUCCUGCUCUGUCACUCUCAGAGUUACGGCGUGCGGGCCGGCGGCCAGCAGUGCAGCGAGGCCGGCGACGUCUGCGCUAUUUGCCAGGCGGAUUUUCGCGAGCCCGUCGCCCUCCUUUGUCAGCAUGUUUUCUGCGAGGAGUGUCUUAGUUCCUGGUUGGACCGAGAGAGGGCGUGCCCUCUUUGUCGCGCCAUCGUCGUGGAGACACUCCGAUGCUGGAAGGACGGGACCACCUCCGCUCACUUCCAAAUCUACUAAAGCGGCAUGGUAAUUAACAAAAAAAUAAUAA